CAACAGCGCCGACCACAUCCUCGCUUGCUGUGCCACGCACCGAACUCGCUUCAAACCCGUGUCGGCACUUCUGAACACGCGCAUCGCCGGACCGCCGGUUGCUGACGCCACCCCCAGCCUUUAGGUAAAGUAUUCCACCACAUCCUGCUGAUGCGCUUGCUCGCUAGUCCAUCAGACUUCGAUAUCAUCCAGCGGUGGCGCGAAGCAGGAGCGCCCGUCGACAUGCGCGACUGCACUCGCACCAAGCUAGCGGCUGAGCCCAAGCCCAACAUCUAAUUGGCGCUGUUGCUGGGUAUGAAGUUAGCGCUACACUCAGCCCGAUGAAGAGUUUAUGACGAGCGACGGUUCAGAUGCGUUCCGGAGCUGGACCACCGUCACGCAGAGCCCCAACAAAGGCUCCACAUGUGCUAAUGCAAACAACAUGUAUCACUUGUAACCAGCAGCUUUGCCAAUGUGCAUGAUUUGGCUUAGCGAGGCAGUCGCAAGCCUGGCGCGUGGCGCAUUCUUGCAGCGCGCCAGCCCCCGCAGCUUUAGCGGUCCAUUGCAAGCUCAAUGGGCCACGUCGCAAUGCACCAGCGGGCGAGCGGACAGCGCACGCUGGCGCGCGACCGAUCGGGCGCGGGGUCGAUCGAGAUGGCCGGGUACGGCGAUCGGCGCGCGAGAUGGGACCAUGAACCCCUUCUUAAGCGACGCGCGCUCGUGAAAAUAUCGUGACCGGCUUCAACCAGUCCCCACACAUCAGUCAAAAUGGCCUUCGCUCUGUCCUUCUCCCGCAAGGCUCUGCAGGUGUCCGCCAAGGCCACCGGCAAGAAGGGCACCGGCAAGACCGCUGCCAAGCAGGCCCCCGCCAGCUCCGGCAUUGAGUUCUACGGCCCCAACCGCGCCAAGUGGCUGGGCCCCUACUCCGAGAAUGCCACCCCCGCCUACCUGACUGGCGAGUUCCCCGGCGACUACGGCUGGGACACCGCCGGUCUGUCGGCUGACCCGGAGACCUUCAAGCGCUACCGCGAGCUGGAGCUGAUCCACGCCCGCUGGGCUAUGCUGGGCGCUCUGGGCUGCAUCACCCCCGAGCUGCUGGCCAAGAGCGGCACCCAGUUCGGCGAGGCUGUCUGGUUCAAGGCCGGCGCCCAGAUCUUCUCUGAGGGCGGCCUGGACUACCUGGGCAACCCCUCCCUGGUGCACGCCCAGAACAUCGUCGCCACCCUGGCCGUUCAGGUUAUCCUGAUGGGCCUGGUGGAGGGCUACCGUGUCAACGGCGGCCCCGCCGGCGAGGGCCUGGACCCCCUGUACCCCGGCGAGUCGUUCGACCCCCUGGGCCUGGCUGACGACCCCGACACCUUCGCUGAGCUGAAGGUGAAGGAGAUCAAGAACGGCCGCCUGGCCAUGUUCUCCAUGUUCGGCUUCUUCGUCCAGGCCAUCGUGACCGGCAAGGGCCCCAUCCAGAACCUGGACGACCACCUGUCCAACCCCACCGUGAACAACGCGUUCGCCUUCGCCACCAAGUUCACCCCCUCCGCGUAAAUUCUGUUCUCAUGACUUCAAUCAGUCAGUGAGCGGCAUUUGUUGCGUCUUUUUGAAAGCGUAAGAGCGGACGAAGUGUAUGAGGAGCAAGCGAGAUCGCGUCGCGUCGUGAUGGAGUUGAUGGUGUGAUGCAGGCGGAUGGAGGCGGAGAAUGAUGUGUGCCGUGUGUCGUUUACCUAGAGAAGACAAUUUUUAAACCGCAGCGUUUGUGGUUUACGCGGUCCCGUGGUGCGCGCAAAUGCGUAUGCCCCCCGUGUAAUCUGUGAUGCUG